CGUUCCAGUGACGUCACGAAGCCUGAUCUUCGGUGCUCGCUGCGAAGCUGCUGGUCAAAGAAAACUCCAGACGGGCUCGUGCAGACAGUGACUGUCACCCCUCAGCUCCGCCGUGAGACCCUCUCUGCUGCAGCGUGGUGUUCGUGACCCGAGAUGGCGGCGUACAGGCUGGUGCUGAUCCGCCACGGAGAGAGCAGCUGGAACUGCGAGAACCGGUUCUGCGGCUGGUUCGAUGCUGAUCUGAGCGAGACCGGAGUGGAGGAGGCCAAGAGAGGAGGAGAGGCGCUCAGAGAGGCCGGUUAUGAGUUUGAUGUGUGCUACACGUCAGUGCUGAAGCGGGCCAUUAGGACUCUGUGGCUGGUUCUGGACAGUAUUGAUCAGAUGUGGCUUCCUGUGCACCGUUCGUGGCGUCUGAACGAGCGUCACUACGGCGGCCUGACGGGGCUGAACAAGGCCGAGACGGCAGCCAAGCAUGGAGAGGAGCAGGUGAAGAUCUGGAGGCGCUCGUAUGACAUCCCACCACCACCCAUGGAGUCUGACCACGACUUCUACUCCACCAUCAGCCAGGAUCGUCGCUAUGCCGACCUGACGGAGGACCAGCUGCCGUCGUGCGAGAGCCUGAAGGACACAAUCGCCCGUGCUCUGCCCUUCUGGAACGAGGAGAUUGUCCCCCAGAUCAAAGAUGGAAAGAGGGUGCUCAUCGCCGCCCACGGCAACAGUCUCCGUGGUAUCGUCAAGCACCUGGAGGGUAUGUCUGAGGAGGCCAUCAUGGAGCUGAACUUGCCCACUGGAAUCCCCAUCCUGUACGAGCUGGACAAGAACCUGAAGCCAGUCAAGCCAAUGCAGUUCCUCGGUGACGAGGAGACUGUCCGCAAGGCCAUGGAGGCUGUCGCUGCUCAGGGCAAGGCCAAGAAGUAGAGAGUGAAGAGGAAAGUGAGAAGGAGUGAGGCUGGGGGAGGAGAAGGGAAGAAGGCACUGGAGAAAUAGAUUCAUCUGGCCCUGGGUAUUACAGUAUAACAUAUGCUGAAUAGUGUACACAAUGCUGUCUUGCUGGCUGCAAUCACUGAAGAAACAUUCUGUGUUUUAAAAUGGGCCCAAUAACUGACUUAGGAUAAAUUAUUGAUCAGUUCCAGCCUGCAUUCCAGAGCACUCCAUACGGACCAUAUAGACAAAUCAGUCUCUCUCAGGCAUAGAGCACACACACCCAACAAACACACCAAACCAACACUGAUGUUCUAAAGCUGGCAGUUUGGGGAGAACAUUCUACAACUGUGUGAAUGGUGGGAAAAUAAUCUAGAACAUUGUGAAUGGGGGGGAGGGGUACAACAACUCUA